AUGCAGACGAAAGAGAUUAUCGCAGUGAGCGCUGUACUUGGACUUUGUUUCAUCGCAGCUAUGGCACUCGUUACCCGCUUCUUUCUGCAGCACAAGCAGGCCAAAACUACAACAACAAGCGACAUGUUCACCACAGAUGGCAAGACGGAAGGGCAGCUUCAACUCACACAGAUUUCGAGCUCGUGGAAAAGGUUGCUACUCCCCAAGCAAGACUCGAGCAAACGCCAUUGGGUGCCGAAUCUGUCGGGCAUCAUAAAAGCCGGGGAUGAGGGUCUGGUUUCCUCCGCAUUAUUUACCGAUCUUCAAGGCCAUCCCGGACAACUACCACUUGAAACCCUGUACGAUGCGUUCGCGACCGAAGUGCGAUCCCGACCAAUUUCGGAGCGUUCAUCAUACCCUGGAGAUAUGACGAGGUUCCUUGGGCGAGCAAAGAAGCCCGCAGGGAACCUUGGACGGUCAAAAUCCAUGUCAAAUGUCAAGCGAGGAGAACCUAACCCGAAGGCUGCGAGAAAGAGCUUGGAUUUGUCGGUGGUUGAGAUGGGUUUAGCUAGGAGUCUAUCCGUGAAGAAACCGGCAUCUGCCUUAGUAUCUAUGCGCAACGGGCUGCGCGAUGAUGAUGUUCAGAAAACUCCGCAAAGGUCUUGGAUGAAGGAGGGCCAGACAGCAAAGUAUGAGGAUGGGAGGACGAAUGUGAAGAUCACCUCUGGCGAACUUGCAGCGCUUUCCAUAAUACUCGGAAGCCAAUUGAGCAACGAACCCAAUAAGGAUACAUUACUUGAGCCCAGUGCAUACGGCAUUUCGAUAGCUGUUGCGCCAACGACAGACGCCAAAAGCCAAGUCACACUCACGCAACAAAAGCGCAGCAGAUCGCAACGGCACGCCCAGGGCUCAGGCGUCUCACCACUCUUCGCAAAGCACCUUGCAGCUGGCUCCCUCCCGUACUCGCAAAAUAACAUUGGCGUUCACAGCAUCCUCAUUACAGACGAGGCUUUCGAGGCGUUGCAAGCAGGUGCUUCUCUAUACACACAUCCAUAUGCCGCACGAACACCACAGUCAAAGUUCCUCGCAUCGCUACCCAGUUCGCGCGAAUCCAGAUUCCACAUUCUCGCCACAUCAACCGAAGUCCACACAUCGACAACGUUACUAGACGCCAUAGCAGCGCUACCGUUCUCCGGUGGUCUCGCUCCCCUCGCUUCAGCACCCUUGAUCAAAACCGUCCAAUUCAUAGCAUCCGCGGGUCUCGCUCACGCACGAUUAAUCCAGCGCCUAGAACAACUCGUUGACAAAGUGCACCGCCACACACCCCAUCUCAACAUCUUCGGCCCUCUCUACGAGCCCCAAAACGCGGGCUUACUCUUCCGCGAACGCGAACGUCUCGGUAGACUCGCCACCGACCCUACUACACCCGAUACUCUCGCCGACAAAACAUCUCGCAUGUCACGUUAUAUCACCCUCCUCGAACGUCUGAUGGCCCUUGUACCACACCUGAAACCACAAGACGUCCUUGCCGCCGUCCAAGAAGCAAUGAAACAAGAGAUACGAGCUGCGUACGAGCAAGCCGUCACAACACAUUCUUCUUCAACCACUAGAAAAAACAGUGUCGAAUCGAUAUGUUCACCUGUAUCUUCCCCUGUACCCGAGAUAUCGGCCAAAUCAGCCAAGCGUCAAUCCACAUCUUCGCGACGCAGCCCGCGUCGUCGAUCGAACCGUUCAAGCACGUUCUCUGAUGUCACCGAGACGAGCCCUGCGCUGUCGUCCGAGGACAAAGAGGGGACGCUAGCGAAGCAGGUUGAGCAAGUCCUCAAGGCAGAGUUGCCAUUGGAUGUUGCCACGAUAGCGUUUGUGGCACGCAUGGUUAUUGUGGCGUGGACUGUUAGUGUGGGGGUUGUGGCUUGGGCGGAAGGGGAAGCUGGAUUCAAGGUCCCCGAUUUAGAGGGAUUGGGAAAAAUAGUCAUGUCUUGA